ACUAAGUAAACCCAAACUCACUUGGCCACCGCAACCAUGGCCACGGCGAUUCCCAAGAAACGGCGCGCGUUUUGGCUCUGCUGCUGCGUUUUGUGCCUCGCGAUCUGCGCUAGGGUUUGCGGCGCGGCCAGAUCCGACCAGGAGACGCGCGAGAGGUUCUACGGCAACAUGCUCAACUCCUCCUCGCCCGAAUCCAACAACACCUUCGCCAAGAUGUUCGAUCGCGUUCUCGAGAAGGAGUUUUCCGAUAAUGACCAACCCGAAGAAGCCGAUAAAAGCAGCUUCAAUAGCAGUGUAGCUGAUCAGCAGGCUGUAUUGGAGACUGUAGCUAAAAUUACUCAUGAGAAAGCAAAGAGAAAUGAUACACAUGAGGGAAAUGGCACAAGAUCAUUUCAGUUUCAAGAUGUUUUCUCUCUGGAAAAUGAAGAUUCUGAUGACGUGACAACUUUGAUUGACAAAAAGGACAAUGUUUUUGUGAUGUCAAACAAGAAAUCCAAAUAUCCUGUGCUUCAAGUGGAUUUGAGGUUAAUAUCAGAUUUGGUGGUUGCCAUAGUUUCAGCAGCCAUUGGUGGAAUUGUCUUUUCCUGUUUGGGGCAACCGGUUAUUGUGGGCUAUCUUCUUGCAGGCUCCCUUAUUGGACCUGGCGGUUUGAAAUUCAUCAGUGAAAUGGUGCAGGUUGAGACUGUUGCACAAUUUGGUGUAGUGUUUCUUCUCUUUGCUUUGGGGCUUGAGUUUUCCCUGGCAAAGUUAAAAGCUGUAGGGCCUGUUGCUGUUCUUGGAGGACUACUUCAAAUUGUCAUUUUUAUGUUCAUGUGUGGUAUUCUUUCCAUGAUAUUUGGAGCGAAUUUGUCUGAGGGUGUUUUUGUUGGUUCCUUUCUGUCGAUGUCAUCAACAGCAGUAGUGGUAAAGUUUUUGGUGGAGCGGAAUAGUAGUAAUGCUCUUCAUGUUCAGAUUACAAUUGGAACUCUUAUUUUUCAGGAUUGUGCUGUGGGUUUACUAUUUGCUUUGCUCCCAGUUUUGGGUGGUAACAGCGGUCUUUUACAAGGAAUAAUGUCAAUGGGAAAACUGUUGCUGAUACUGUCCUUGUAUAUCACUGCUACAUCUAUAUUGUCUUGGUCGUUUGUUCCUCGCUUUCUUAAACUGAUGAUGCGGCUGUCAUCUCAGACUAAUGAACUUUACCAGCUAGCUGCUGUUGCUUUUUGCUUGUUAUCUGCAUGGUGCAGUGAUAAGCUUGGCCUUAGUCUUGAGCUGGGUUCAUUUAUGGCUGGUGUUAUGAUUUCCACAACGGACUUUGCUCAACAUACUUUGGACCAGGUGGAACCAAUUCGUAAUCUAUUUGCAGCUCUCUUUCUCUCAAGUAUUGGAAUGCUUAUACAUGUGCACUUCCUUUGGAACCAUGUGGAUAUCUUGCUGGCAUCUGUUAUUCUGGUUGUAGUUGUUAAAACUGCUGUUGCUGUUAUAGUUACGAAGGCCUUUGGUUAUAGCCUUAAGACAGCAUUUAUUGUUGGUAUCUCACUUGCUCAAAUUGGAGAAUUUGCUUUUGUCCUCCUGAGUCGAGCUUCAAAUCUUCACCUUGUUGAGGGGAAAAUGUAUCUUCUUCUUCUAGGGACAACGGCUCUCAGUCUGGUUACGACCCCACUUUUGUUUAAAUUGAUACCUGCUGUCAUGAAUCUGGGUAUUCUCAUGCACUGGUUCCCCGCUGAAAGUAGCCCGCAAAAUGAGGGGAAAGCUUUGGUGAAUGAAGCAAACAGAAUGUUGUGACCAGUGGCAGUGAGUCUUUCAAAUUUCCAUAGCAUCAAAUCAAAUAGUAUAUUGGAGGCCAUUACCUACCUUUUAGAGACAAGUGAAAUCAGGACUUCUUUACCGUGUUCAUGCUGCAAGUUUCAUGAUGAACUUCACGUGAAACAGUCAGCAUAUUCACUUCCAUUGAAAGUUAAUGGAAGAUCUUGUGUAUAUAGGCAUAUGAUUUUUUUGUAUUCGUUGAGCAAUGUAUAUAGGAAAUUGUAGGCCAUUCUUAUUGCUUACGCUAAUCCUAUCACAUCAUACGCUGGUUUGUCUAUCAUUGCUGCUAUAAAGUUGCUAAAGAUGAAGUUAGAAAAGAAUUCACGGUGUAACUUUUUUGAUUCAAGGUUGUUCUGUAACACGUAAGGAGCAUGUAAUGAAGAUCUCGAUGAAUAAUUAUGCUUUGUGAUUCGUGACCAGUACUAUGAA